GGCGGAGAAUGCAGACAACUAGCUUGGUACAGUAGCUUCUGGAAUCUCUUGGUAACACUAUGGAGAAAGUGUCAGAGCUGAAAAACCAGGGUAACCAAGCGUUGAGUGAUGGGCGGAUUGAGGAGGCUGUGCGCCGCUAUUCAGAUGCGCUGGCGCUUGAUCCGUACAACCAUGUUCUCUACAGCAACCGCUCAGCGGCCCAUGCCAAAAGGGGUGAUUAUGAGAGUGCCUUACAAGAUGCUUGUCGGACCAUACAGAUCAAACCUGAUUGGGGCAAGGGCUAUUCUAGAAAGGCUGCUGCUCUGGAAUUCCUUGGGCGCUUUGAGGAGGCCCAACUGACCUAUCAGGAGGGACUCGAGCAUGAGCCGGCCAAUCAGCAGCUGAGGGAGGGACUUCAAAACCUGGAGGCACGUAUGGAAGAGAAGAAGAUGAUGAACCCUUUUGCCAUGCCCAACAUGUAUGAGAAGCUAGAGAGUGAUCCUCGUACCCGAGGCAUGCUCUCAGAUCCAGGAUACAGAGAGCUGCUGGAGUAUCUCAGGAACAGGCCAUCUGAGCUCAGCAUGAAGCUACAGGACCCCCGAGUGAUGACCACUCUCUCUGUCCUUCUGGGGCUAAACCUGUCUGAUACAGAGGAGGAGCCUAACCCAUGCCCACCCCCCAAGGCCAGACCACAGCCUCCCCCUGCUGAAGAAGACAGCACGCCAGAGAAUAAGAGACAGGCCCUGAAGGAGAAGGAACUGGGGAAUGUGGCCUACAAAAAGAAGGAUUUUGCCACAGCUCUGAAACAUUAUGAAGCAGCACUUCAGCAUGACCCCACAUGCAUGACCUACCUAUCCAAUCAAGCAGCUGUUUUCUUUGAGAGGGGGGAGUUUGAGAGGUGCAGGGAGCUCUGUGAGAAGGCCGUUGAGUUGGGAAGAGAGAACCGAGAGGACUACAGACAGAUAGCGAAGGCCUAUGCCAGGAUUGGGAACUCGUACUGCAAGGAGGAGAAAUACCCCGAGGCCAUACAGUUCUACAACAAGAGCCUGGCUGAGCACCGCACCCCUGAGGUUCUUAAGAAGUGCCAGCAGGCAGAGAAGAUUAUGAAGGACAAGGAGAAACUGGCCUACAUCAACCCUGAUGUGGCCAUGGAAGAGAAGAACAAGGGAAAUGAGGCCUUCCAGAGGGGCGAUUACCCUCUGGCCGUGAAAUACUACGCUGAGGCCAUCAGGAGGAACCCGACUGACGUUAAGCUUUUCAGCAACCGGGCUGCCUGCUACACCAAGUUGCUGGAGUUCCAGCUGGCCCUCAAGGACUGUGAGGAAUGUAUCAGACUGGACCCCACCUUCAUAAAAGGCUACACACGCAAGGCAGCGGCCCUGGAGGCUAUGAAGGACUUCACUAAAGCUAUGGUCUUCUACCAGAAAGCCAUGGAGAUCGACCCCAAAUCCAAGGAGGCCAUGGAGGGGCUGCAGCGCUGUUUGGUUAGCCAGGCGACCCGUAGCGACAGUCCAGAAGAGAUCAAGAAAAGGGCCAUGGCCGACCCAGAGGUCCAGCAGAUAAUGAGUGACCCAGCAAUGCGUCUGAUCCUGGAACAGAUGCAGAAGGACCCUCAGGCACUGACCGAUCAUUUGAGGAACCCAAUCAUCGCUGAGAAGAUACGUAAACUCAUCGACGUGGGCCUGAUAUCCAUUCGGUGAUUAGGGAGAGGAGAAGAAAAGGGCAAGACUCAUCAAGACUUCACAGCAACAACAAUUUAUUCACGCCUUUUAAUAUCAGCCAAAACCAAAUUUAUAUCAACAAAAAGUGUCCAGAACUAUAGAAAGAACUAUAGAAGUACAAAAGAACUAUAGGAACCUACAUUUCACUUCAUUUCCAUUUUAGUCAAUUCGCCAAAGCCACUUGUCACACUUUAAGUAUAAGUCUCACCAAACUAUGUGUCUUUGCCAAAUGUCAGAAUUUUUUUCCAAGCCAUCCAUGGACUAAGUCUUAGCUGUAAACUUGCCAAUAACCCACAGCACAGUAUAGAAAACCUCCUGAAGGUGUUUUUAGUGGUGUGCAGAGGAAACAUUACUCAUACUCAAACCUGUAUCUGCAUUUGGUGAGGCAGAAUUUGUGCAAGUACUCAUGCACGGAAGUGCAAAACUAGCAGUGGGUGGGACGGACUCAAAAGUUCAUCUAAACACAUUCUUCCAUGGAUUAAC